AUGCGUCUCGUUCCGCGGCAACUUGAUAGCACGGUGUGUCUUCGCUGCAGGCUUGAUUCUUCUGCCUCUCAUAGGGCAGUCACCGGCACACACGUGGGAACAGACGCCGCCGAGCACCUCUCUAACUUACGUUCCGUUCUCCGCCAGCCGGCGUCGCGCGAGCUGGUACCGCUGCACAGUCUCUCUGGAGGAUCUCUGCAGCUUUUACCUCCUGCCCUUCCUUCCAGCGCGUUGCGCGCUUCGUUUCCUGCCGCAUCCCAGUCGCGUCUGCGUCCGGUCUCCCCCUCUCUGUCCUUCUGCUCGCGCACUUUCUUUCCGCGCACCUUCACCAGCGUCUCCGCAGGCUCUGCAGGGAAGCAGAGAGAGCUCCUGCGAGAGAGCGGGCGCGGGCGGUGGUACGUGGGUGGCGGCGUGCAGAGCGGAUUCUCCAUUUGUCCGCUGGAGUUGAAAAACCUUCAGAAAGCGCACUUUUCCGGACGAGUCGUCCUUGUGCGCACUCUCGCCGAAGACGCUCUUGCCUGCAAGGCGCUUCUAAGCACGGCGGUGUCUCCCCGUUCGUCGGCGAGCCCCUCCGUCUCGGCUCGCCUGCCUCGGUCUUCCUCUCCGGCGUCAUCUUCGCCGCCUCCUGGUCGUUCCUCUUCAGAAAUCGUCUUGGGCUAUGACUCGGAGCACGACCCCCUAACUCUGGCGGCGAGAGGCGGUCUUCCGCCAGGGCUGUCUCUGUUCGCCUCGCUGGCGCCGCGUCCGCCGCUGGCUCUAAUUCAGCUCGCGAGCCCGUCAGUGGCUUGCAUCUGGCAGCUCGGCGCGCUGGGGGGCUUGCCGCGCGGGCUGCGGUCGCUGCUGCUUCGCAGCGACGUCCGCAAAGUCACCCAGGGCGCGGUCGGUGAAGUGGAAGCUCUGCAGCGCGAGUUCGGGCUCGCCCCGAAGAACUUCCUCUGUCUGCACGCCGCGGCCGUUGCGCUCGGCUGCGCGACCAACAGCCGCUCUCUCCAGGCGCUCACGGGCGUCUUUCUGCGGAAAUUCCUCGAUAAAACGCAUCAACUGAGCACCUGGAGCCAAGACACGCUCACCCCCGAGCAGUGUGCAUACGCCGCCACAGACGCCUAUGUGUCGCGGCAGAUUCUCUUCGCGAUGCGCGAGAGAGUCACGCAGAGGGACGUGAUGAAUCUCGUCGAGGCGCAGGCGACGGUGCAGGCCAGAGCGGAGCCGAAGCCGCCAAGCCGACCGGAACCCGCCUCCCAAAAUUCGGACGCGGGGCUGGACGGCGACCUUCAUCACAGCGCGGCAGCUAGCGCGGAUGCGCGAGGCAUGCAGCACGACAGUGGGGGGAUGAGCUCUGUCUCGCAGGCGACUGCGCAGGCGGUGGAAGCCGGGAACAGGCGAUCCUCCAGCGCUAAAGCGGAGGCGAGCGCGGAGCGCGCACGCGAGGCGGAGGAGGCACCCGGGGACGCAGCGCUCACGCCGAGUCAUUUACGAGGUUUUAGACACGCAGAAAACGAAGAUGUGUUCAUUGCGACGGUGUCUCGACAAGAGUCCAAAGCGAGCCCAGCGGCGCGACGCGCGUCCGCCCAUCGCGCGACGGAUGCCUCAGCCCCCGCCGACGCCGAUGCAAGCAGCGCAAAAGGCGAUGCAGCCGUAGAAGGCGGCAGGCCAGCGGCGGGGGCGUGGAUAGCCACAGAGGUUCGGAGGCAGGCGUGGAGGGAGCUGAAGGACCUCUGCAUGGAGCGCGGCUGGCGGCUGGAGUGUGAGCGGCUCGAGAGUUGCCGAAAAGGCUUCAAAAGCGUGUUUUCUGUCAACUGCAGCCUUGACGGUGUAUAUAGCGCGAAAAGCCUCGAGGGGCACGCGAAUCUGCGAGAUGCGCAGAACGACGCCGCGACACAGAUGCUCUCUCUCCUUGCGCCUCUGUGCAAAAAACCCAGUUUACUCUAG